UGUGUGGAGGACAUGUAUGAUACAAAUUCAAUUCGAUUCACAAUCUUGUUUAUAUUCUCCGCUGUUGACUUUGCGCUUUUUCCAAAAGAGCUGCUGGGCCUUCUUGCAUUGCAACUACAAUCUCAUUCCUCUGGAAAUCCAUGGAAAUUCCCCACAACAAAAAUCUGGCCCCGUCUGCUCUGUUUGCAGGCACAGCUGCAUCAUGCAUCAGUUACCGCUGGCUGUUUGCCUGCUGUCUCUGUUCUCUGUGUUGAAUGUAGACUCGUCCAAGAAGGGACGCAACUUCACCAUCCAUUCAUCACAGCUUAGCUGCAGUUUGCCAGGCCCUCAGGGUCCUCCAGGGAGUCCCGGUGCAGCAGGUCCCAGUGGUAACGUAGGCAAGAUGGGGAUGCCAGGUGUUGAUGGCCAGGAUGGGAAAGAUGGUGACAAGGGACAGAAGGGAGAGAAAGGGGAACAGGGCCGUCCUGGGAACCCUGGAAAACAUGGACCACAAGGACGUCCAGGGCUUGUUGGGAAGGCAGGGCCAAGGGGCCUUAAGGGGGUGCGAGGGGCACCUGGUGUGUCUGGAGUCGCUGGGAUAAAAGGAGAGAUGGGAGAUGUGGGGGAAACUGGCGCACCUGGAGGCUGUGACUGUGGAGCAGAGGCACGAUCUGCUUUCUCAGUAGCAGUAACCAAGAGCUAUCCCAAGGAACGUACGCCCAUUCGCUUUAACCGGAUUUUAAUGAAUGAGGGUGGUCAUUACAAUGCCACCAGUGGCAAGUUUAACUGUGCGAUUCCUGGUGUGUAUUACUUCACAUAUGACAUCACGUUGGCUAAUAAACAUCUGGCGAUCGGACUUGUCCACAAUGGCCAGUAUAAGAUCAAAACAUUUGAUGCCAACACAGGAAACUAUGAUGUGGCCUCAGGAUCAACAAUACUUAGACUGCAAAAAGGAGAUCAGGUCUGGCUUCAGAUCUUUUAUUCAGAACAAAAUGGACUGUUCUUUGAUCCAUUCUGGACUGACAGCCUUUUCACAGGAUUUCUCAUUUUUGCUGAUCAGGCUGCUCCAAAUGAGGCAAAUAUGAUGGCUAAUUCUGGCUCAUCCUGAUUGAACUUAACAUUUGUUAUAUAUUCAUUAUAUCAUAUGGCCCCAAUAAUCUGUGUUUAUAUAUAUAUAUAAAAAUAAUUUAGAAUUUUAAUAAAUAAUAAUAUAAUACAUAAAUAAUACUAAAAUAACACUGAAUGCAAAAAUUAAAACAAAAAUAAAAAAGCACACUUUAAUUGAACAAAUUCAUUUGAAUGAAGAUUGAAAAUAAUAAUAAAGAUAAUCUUUUCACUAUUUAAUCUUUGCUGAUCAGGCUGCUCCAAAUGAAGUGAAUAUGAUGACCAGUUCUGGAUCAUCCUGAUUGAACUUUCUAUUUGUUGCAUAUUUUAUCAUAUAGCCCCCAAUAACCCUGUGUUUACAGAUCCACCACAUCAGUAUUAGAGCAAAACAAGACAUGGGACAUGUGGAAGGAUUACCAGACUUAUAAGAAAUAAAUCAUUAUUUUAAAGUAUCAAAAAACAUGAGUUGUCAAGACCCAAAUUAUUCCUAAUAAAUUCUGAAAAACAAUUUUCUAACUACAAGUAUUCUGCAACUUUGACUUCAGUCUUAGGCCCCUAAAAAUGAGAAAAUCAUAUUACCCCAAGGGACUUUAAGCCACGUGUACACUAUGAUGUUAGAUACACACGACCUUUGAUCUUCUACAAGACUGUUCUGUU